AUUUAUAGAUACCGUAGUUCAAUAUUCUAAAAAAUCAUCAAGCCAAAAGAAUGGAAAAAUCUCCCCAUCUUCUCAUCCUUGCACUACUGAUCUUACCAAUCCAUUAUUUGAUGGAUUAUAGCUCAGCCAAAACCGACAUCAACACUGAUCGUUCUUCACUUUUCGCCUUAAAAUCUCGAAUCACUUUAGAUCCUCAAAAUAUAUUGACCAAAAAUUGGAGCACCAAAGCCAGUGUUUGCAGUUGGAUCGGAGUUACUUGUAAUUCACGCUACAGUAGGGUUACUCAGUUGAACAUAUCGUACAUGGGUCUUGUCGGAACCCUACCACCGGAAAUUGGGAAUCUUUCUUCUCUCGUUUCUUUGGACGCGAACGAGAACUCUUUCCAUGGCCCGAUCCCUGCAUCUAUCUUCAACAUGUCAUCACUAGAGGUUUUGAGUUUGAAGAAUAAUAGUUUGUCUAGUAGUUUACCUCUUGAUAUGUGCAAACACAAUCUUGGUAGGCUCAAGAUUCUUCGAAUCUCUUACAACGAGAUGUAUGGGGAAAUACCAUCGAGUUUGGGGCAGUGUUCACAGCUUGAGUAUCUUUCUUUGUUCCACAACAAUUUCAUUGGAUUUGUGCCGAGAGAAAUUGGGAACUUGACGAAGCUUCAUGAAGUGUUGAACCUUGGUGAAAAUCAGUUGACUGGUGAAAUUCCAGAAGAGAUUGGUGGUUUGACUAAUUUAGAAGGCUUGCGCAUGAGGUCUAACAAGUUAAAAGGCCCUCUACCAUCAACUAUUUUCACCAUGACAUCCUUGCAAUAUAUGGACUUUGCAUUCAAUGAACUGAGUGGACCAUUAUCAAGAGAUAUUGGAAACAUGACAUCUCUUCUCAGACUAGGCCUUGAAUACAACAGUUUCAGUGGUAAUAUUCCAAAGGAGAUUGGCCGUCUCAAUAAUUUCGAGCGAUUGAGCAUGUCUGGCAAUAAGUUUAGUGGAUCAUUGCCAAGAGAAAUUGGGAACCUAACAACCAUGUAUGGGUUGUUUCUUCACAGCAAUGCUUUAACGGGUCACAUUCCAAAAGAGAUUGGUCGUCUUACUAACUUAGAAGAGUUGCAAUUGGAAGUAAACAAUUUCAGUGGAUCAUUACCAGAAGAAAUUGGAAACAUGACACUCCUUCGCUACUUGUGGCUCAAUGAUGUUAAUUUAAGCGGUACUAUUCCAAAAGGAAUUAGUCUUCUUAAUAAUUUGGAGAUAGUCAAUAUGGCAUCCAACAAAUUUAGUGGACCAUUGCCAAGAAUUGAGAACAUGACAACCCUUAGUCAGUUAUGGCUUUUUGACAAUAAUUUAAAUGGUCCAAUACCUUCCAUCAUUGGGAAUCUAUCAAAGCUAACUUACAUAGAACUCUCUCAUAACAAACUAAUUGGAGAGAUUCCAUCAUCCAUUUGCAACUUGAGAUCCCUUAUAGUUCUCCGAUUAUCAAACAACAAUUUGCAAGGGCAAAUUCCAAAAUGUUUGGGGAACUUCAGCUCAUCUUUAUUGAUCUUUCACAUGGGUGCAAAUCAAAUCACUGGCCUCAUUCCAUCAACAUUUCCAAAGGGAUGCAAUCUUCAAUCCAUCAAUCUGAAUGGCAACAAAUUGGAAGGAACACUACCUCAAACCCUAGUCAACUGCCGGGGUCUCCAAGGUAUCGACGUUGGUGACAAUGAAAUACGAGGCGAGUUUCCCUUCUGGAUGGAAACCCUCCCUCAACUCCGCGUCCUCGUCUUGAGGUCUAACAAGUUUGAUGGUAAUAUGUCGGUGGCUUCAAAGGCCGAGCAUCCGUUUCCCAAGUUGCAAGUCUUGGAUAUAUCAAGAAAUGCAUUUUCUGGCUCAUUACCUGAUAGAUAUUUCAAGAAUUUCGAGGGCAUGAUUGAUGUGGAUGAGAUAAAUCAAAAAGAUAAUGAGACGGCUUUGUUUCAACAAUUUAUAGGGUCGACUUUCACUUUGAAAGAUUUGGAUUUGUUAUUGCAGCGACUGCUGAAAACCUUCACGACCAUCGACUUAUCCUCCAACAGAUUUUCCGGGAGGAUUCCGGUUUCUAUAGGAAACCUUAAUUCUCUCAAAUAUUUGAAUUUGUCGCACAAUAAUCUCAUGGGACAAAUACCUGCAUCUCUUGGAAAUAUAAGUGUGCUUGAAUCGUUGGACUUGUCAGUGAACAAGCUGGAUGGAGAAAUUCCGAGUGAAUUGACAAGGUUGACAUUUCUUUCGACAUUAAACCUUUCAAUGAAUAAUCUUGUUGGAAAAAUUCCACAAUCUACUCAGUUUUCCACAUUUGAGAAUGGUUCAUAUAUAGGAAACAGUGGAUUGUGUGGAGUUCCAUUGACGAGAAAAUGCAACGAGGAGAAUGGGCAUCGGAUGCAGCCAGAAGAAGAAGAUGAGGAUGAAGAGUAUGGAUUUAUAGAUGGAUUUGGAUGGAGAAGUGUGGUGAUGGGAUAUGGAAGUGGAUUCAUAGGUGGGAUUGGAAUUGGUUACAUUAUCAUUAGAAUUGGAAGGCCAAGAUGGUUAGUGGAAUUGUUUUUUGGCGUUGGAUAUAAUUAUCUGAUGAAGAAGAGACGCAGAAGAGCUGCACGAACACCAACACGCAGGAGAACUUAAUUGAAGCCCGCAAAAGAAUUGUGUGCUUUACUUGUGCUCGAGUUGUGUUUUCUUUAUCUUUUUUACUUUUUAAAUUGCUACUUUUAGUGUGUUUUGCUCGAUUUCAACUUUAGAGUUUAUGAAAUGUUGUGUUUUAUUCGAA